UUGCUUGGCUGCUCAUAUCCUUUGAUGUCUAUAAAACCCGGGUACACUGGCGGGCUGAAACCCAGGCCUCGUAGCGCUUUCAGCUCACAGGGUCAUUCGUCGAACACUUCUUCUCCCGCGCCAUGGCGGCUCGACGUCUCCAAUGGGCGCCGGUCACCACCGCGCUCCUCCUCUUCCUCCUAUUCCUCGCUGCCGUGGGAGCGGCGCCCGCCUCGGCAGCGCCAGGGGGGCGCAGGGAGGUGGUGACGUCGCCGCAUGGCGCCGUGGCGGCGGACGACGGGCGGUGCUCGAGGAUCGGCCGCGACGCGCUCCGCGAGGGCGGCAGCGCCGUGGACGCCGCCGUGGCCACCGCGCUGUGCCUCGGCGUGGUCAGCGCGGCCUCCAGCGGCGUCGGCGGCGGCGCCUUCAUGCUCGUCAGGCUCGCCGACGGCACCGCCGUCGUGUACGACUCCCGCGAGACCGCGCCCCUCGCCGCGUCCAAGGACAUGUACGGCGGCAACGCGACGCUGAAAGCGCGGGGCGCCCUCUCGAUCGCCGUCCCGGGGGAGAUCGCCGGCCUGUACGAGGCGUGGAGGCGCCACGGCAAGCUCCCAUGGAAGCGCCUCGUCCUGCCGGCGGCGCAGCUGGCCCGGGCGUUCAGGAUCUCGCCGUACCUGCAGAUGCAGAUGGAGGCGACCCGGGACGGAAUCCUCGCCAACAAGGGGAUACGGGCCGUGUACGCCCCCGGCGGCGACCUCCUGAAGGCCGGCGAGGUGUGCCGCAACGUCCGGCUCGCGAGGACGCUGAGGGCCGUGGCGGAGCAGGGGCCGGGCGUGUUCUACGACGGCAAGGUGGGGAAGCGGCUGGUGAAGGACGUGAGGGAGGUCGGAGGGAUCCUGACGGCGGAGGACCUGAAGAGGUACCAGGUCAAGGUGCGGCGGCCGCUGACGGAGAACGUGAUGGGGCUCCAGGUGGUCACCAUGCCGCCGCCGUCGGCCGGAGGUGCCGGGAUGCUGCUUAUUCUGAACAUCCUUGCUCAGUAUGGAAUUCCUUCUGGUUUUGCUGGCUCUCUUGGAAUACAUCGCCUCAUCGAGUCCUUGAAACAUUACAUGGCUGUAAAGAUGAACCUUGGCGACCCGGACUUUGUGAAUGAUAAUGGGGUUGUAUCUGAUAUGAUGUCCCAAACAUUCGCUGCUGAGCUGAAGAAGACCAUCUACGACAAUAUGACAUUUGACCCCAAACAUUACGGUGGAAGGUGGGACAUCCUUCAGGACCAUGGAACCAGCCACCUGUCCAUCAUCGACAGCGAGCGAAACGCGGUUUCGAUGACCAGCACUGUCAACUCAUACUUCGGGUCCCUGAUCUUGUCCCCAAGCACAGGCAUUCUGCUCAACAACGAGAUGGAUGACUUCUCCAUGCCGGCAAACACAACCGCAAAUUCUCCGCCACCAGCUCCGGCCAAUUUCGUCAGCCCUUUGAAACGGCCUCUCUCUUCCAUGACUCCGACCAUAGUCCUCAAGGAUGGGAAAUUGAAGGCUGCAGUUGGCGCCAGUGGCGGUGCCAUGAUCCCUGCUGGAACGAUCGAAGUGUUCCUCAACCAUUUCGUCAGGAACAUGGAUCCACUGGCUUCUGUCAUGGCACCAAGGGUGUAUCACCAGCUGAUCCCGAACGUGGUCCAGUACGAGAACUGGACGACGGUGACCGGCGACCACUUCGAGCUCGACGCGGCGACGAGGGCCGACCUGCAGAAGAUAGGCCACGUACUGAAGCCGCUCGCCGGAGGCACCAUAGGCCAGCUUGUCGUGCACAACGUGGAGCGCCACGGCGACCUCACCGCUGUCAGUGACCCCAGAAAAGGCGGCGUCCCGGCCGGUUACUGAAACAGCUAGAUCGAUGCACGGGUAAAUUAGCCGCCGCUGCGUAUGUGGGAUCGAUCGGUUUAGCCACACUACAGUCUUUGUAUUUUUGUUCAGGGCCUUUCAGAAAGGCCGCCGAAAGCACAGCUGGUCCAGAUGGAUGGGCCUGGAUUCAAGUUAAAAUUUCCGGCCCAUUAGUGUAAAUGGAAGAUGGAAAUGGGUCACUCAACUAUCGACUUUACUCCUCCAACCGCAAAACCAUGCAAUACCAGGACCCUCGUUGAUUUUA